AUGUGGAUGGGUACAUAUCCCUCUGUGCCAUCUCGAGUUCACUCCACUGGAAAGCUCCUGUCUGAACAUCUCAAAGAGAAUCCUGAUCUCGUUGGUUCUUCCAUUUGCGAUCGAUACGGGCCCGAUAUUCCUUUUCUUCCGAAGAUACUCUCUUUUGCUAAAGCGCUUCCACUCCAAAUUCAUCCGGACAAAAGCCUUGCUGAACGUUUGCAUGAGAAAGACCCCGAAAGGUUCGGGGAUGCCAACCAUAAACCAGAAAUUGCUAUCGCUCUGUCACGGUUCGAACUUUUCGUCGGGUUCAAGCCCUUAAGCGAGAUUGCAGAGCUCAUGCGGUUGAAGCCUUUGGAGCAGUUUGUGCCAGAGCACAAGAGCUUUGAUGAAGGAACUCUACGACAACUGUGCGAAACUUUGCUAAAAUUGGGCCCGGGGGCGUAUCAGAGACUCUCACAAAAUUGCAAGAAACUUCUUUACAACGAGAACGUUCCAUCACUUCUCGAUCGACUAAGCAAGCAAUAUUCAAAAUUCGACAACGGAAACUUGAUCGCCGCUCUUCUGAUGAACUACAUGGUCCUGGAGCCUGGAGAAGCUGUCUGUGUUCCAGCUGAUGGCAUUCACGCGUGGUUCUCGGGGGAUAUUAUGGAGUGCAUGGCACGCUCCGACAACGUCCUCAACACAGGCUUCUGCCCACGCGUUGACCGUGAUGAUGUUGAAUUGUUCUCGCAAGCUCUCACAUUCAGACCAAAUGGCCCGAAGGAAUCUCUCUUGGGACAGAAAAAGAGUUUCAUUGGUGUAAAAGGAAGAACCGUGGAAUAUGCCCCUCCUUUUAGCGAGUUCAAUGUUCUGGGUGUGACCUUGUCUCCAGCGGAAGUGGAAAAGCACAAGGUACUCGGAACUCCUAGUAUCUUAGUCGUGACCCAAGGGUCAGGAAAGAUGAAUGUGGGAGAUGGAGCAAUCCAUGAUAUUGAAGAGGGCAAUGUUUAUUUUGCUGCAAAGGACGCUGCGUUGGACCUUUCGACAAAGACGGGAUUGACUAAAGAAAUCGUAUCAAUUCGUGAAGUAGCACGCCGUUUUGAUAUACCGCGCUCAACUUUACGCGACAGGCUAUCCGGCCGUACAGAACGAACUACCGCACGCGCAAAUUCACAUAAAUUGACGGAAAUUGAAGAGCACUCGCUUCAGAAAUGGAUACUCUCUAUGGACUCUCGUGGGUCUGCCCCAAGGCCUUCGUUAGUUCGCGACAUGGCGAAUCUUCUUCAACAACGCGAAACCACCCCGGUUCUUUCGGUCGACGAGACUUGGGUUACCAACUUUGUGAAAAGGCUCUCUAUAAUUACGAGCGGGCUAAAUGCGAAGACCCAAAAGUUAUCUGGGAAUGGUUUACACCUUUACAACUUUGGCGAGACUGGUUUGGCGAUGGGAUUGACAGCGACAGCAAAAUUAAUCACAAGGGCUGCAUACUACGGUCGGCGAUCACUUUUACAACCUGGAAAUCGUGAGUGGGUGACCGCUAUUGAAUGUACGAAUGUUCUAGGGUGGGCACUCCCUCCGUGUGUGAUUUUCAAAGGCAAGGUUUUUAUCGAAUCUUGGUUCGAUAACCUCCCGGGUGAGUGGCAAUUUGAAGUAAGCCCGAACGGCUGGACUUCUGAUGAAAUCAGCCUUCGUUGGCUCGAAAAGCUCUUUAUUCCGUCGACUUCUUCGCAGUUAAAGGGUCGGUAUCGACUUUUGAUACUCGACGGUCACGGAAGUCGUUUAACCCCGAAAUUCGACGAAAUCUGUGGGGAAAAAAAAUGA